AUGGCUUCGUUCAUCACCACCAUGUCGGUCCCAGCUGCCCCUCCCCCUGUUUAUCUCUCGCCUCCCUCUAAACCCUCGUCUCGCUCCCCGCGCUCACGAACCUCUUCUCUGAGCCCGAGCCCCUCGGCCAUCUACCUGACCACCCGCACUUCCCAUAUUCCUUCCCUAGAACCUCCAUCUUACCUGUCGCCGGCGGUGCACGCUUUGAAACAAGGCGUUUUUGGACUGACACCUCCUAGCAAUGCACGGACAAGAGCUCCCUUCAAGCCUCGCUCCGCCGCCAAAGGCACCAACAGCUACCAGCUGAGGCAAUUCGCCGAGGCCACUCUGGGCAGUGGCAGUCUGCGCAAGGCUGUCAAGUUACCCGAGGGAGAGGAUUUGAAUGAAUGGCUUGCGGUGAAUGUCGUCGACUUUUACAACCAGAUCAACCUCCUCUACGGCUCCAUAACCGAGUUCUGCUCACCGCAGUCAUGCCCCGAGAUGAAGGCCACAGAUGAGUUCGAAUACCUCUGGCAAGACUCUGAGAACUUCAAGCGGCCAACCAAAAUGUCUGCGCCUGAGUACAUCGAGCACCUCAUGGGCUGGGUGCAGGGCAACGUCGACAACGAGCAGAUGUUCCCCAGCCGGAUUGGUGUCCCAUUCCCGAAGACUUUCCCCAGCCUUCUCCGUCAGAUUUUCAAGCGCCUGUAUCGAGUCUACGCACACAUCUAUUGUCACCACUACCCGGUCGUGGUGCACCUCGGUCUUGAGCCGCACUUGAACACGAGCUUCAAGCACUACGUCCUCUUCGUCGACGAGCACAAAUUGGCCAGUGGGAAGGAUUAUUGGGGGCCACUCGGUGAUCUGGUGGAGAGUAUGCUGCGCAGUGACUAG